CAAACACCUUUCUUUUCCAACAAAUACACCUUUGCCUUUGCUCUUUCUGUACUGUGUAGUGUUCGUUCCACUCUUAAUUAACAAUUUAUCUCUCUUCCUUCUUCUCCAUUGCCACUCUUAUCAUCAAUAAUAUAAAGUGUGAUUUCUUUACUUUGGUGCUGUGUUGAGUGAAUUGAUCGUCAGCCAAAACGGGUCUCCCUCUCUGGAUGCUUGGUUUGGGUGCGGACCUCUUGUGGGCCGACAUGAACCGUCUUCUUGCUUUUCUCUUCCACCAGGGAGUGUUGGAUGAGCAAUUCUUGCAGCUUCAGCAGUUGCAGGAUGAGACGUCUCCAAACUUUGUCUCCGAAGUAGUGAACAUUUACUUUCACGAAUCGGAAAAGCUUCUAAGGAAUCUGAGAGGAUUGUUAAUGGAAAGAGAGUUUUCAGAUUACAAGAAAAUGGGAAUCCAUUUGAAUCAGUUAACGGGAAGCAGCUCAAGCAUUGGCGCCAAGAGAGUCACCAAUGUUUGUCUUGCAUUUCGUGCUGCCACUGAUCACAAUAACCGCUCUGGAUGUUUGCGAGCGCUGGAGAUGCUUGAGCACGAAUAUUGCUAUCUCAAGAACAAAUUACAUGAAUUAUUCCAAAUUGAACAGCAACGUGUAUUGGCAGCAGGAGUAAGGUACCCGGUGCAGAAUAAUUAACAAAGCAAAUCAAAGAAGGGAUAUGAUUGGAUUCAAACUAGGACUUUUUUUUUUAAAUUUUAUUUUUCCAUUCCCAUGCAUAUGGUUUUGUUACUUUGUAAUGGUAAAACCGUGAAAGGCAUGUCUUUCCGAUUUUAGAGAAACCAAGUCACACAAAACUUUUAUAGUUGGUUAGUAGGGAAUAGGAAAAAGGGUUUAAAUCAAAUAUCACCAACUUUAAUUUGGCAUUUUGGAUUCUUUCAUUGAUCUCAUGAAUGAACGUAUGUAGUACCUAGAAUCUA